GUCCACUGGGUGAAGCCAAAGGUGUGAGUGUGCAAUGUCGACUACUUGUCAAGGCAAAGUGAGACAUGCUGCCAAAAGGACUACAAAAAUGGCCGCAGCUCUACGAGACCGGAAGGACAAACAGAACUCCAAACUCCAGAGCAGCCGGUAGCGGCAGAUUCUGCAAGCGAGCGUCUAAAUUCCGACGUGGGUGGGCGCAGGCUGCAGGGUCGAAUCUUCUCACUAACUUUGCGACACGAGCAAAGCCAGGAAGAUGAAGACCAUGCUGCUGCUGGCUUCACUGCUCUUGUGCGCCCUUGGCCAAGUGGACCAUUUCCCACCAGGAGACCAUUUGGAUGACCACUUUGAUUUCAACAUGGCACCGCACAGAGUUCCACGACAGGUGAAAAACAUCCUGGUGAAGGAGGCCAGACCUCACGUCCAGGAGCUGUCCAUCAACACCACCGUCAUCUCCCGCUACGCCUUCACGGCGGUGCGCUGCGUCAUGCUCAACCGGCACGCCGCCGCCGGCGAGGGUGUCUUCCGCUUCCCCGUGCCGGCCGGCGCUUUCGUCUCCAACUUCACCAUGAUCAUCGCAGGGCGUGUCUACCGGAGUCGGGUCGCGCCGAAGGAGCGGCGGAGGCUCAAGCGGCCAGACGGAAAAGCUCGGGACAAAGAGUCAGGUGACCCCAGUUCGGAGGUGUUCCGGAUGGGGGCCAGCAUUCCGGGCGGCGAGCGGGCCGUCUUCCUGCUCGAGUACGAGGAGCUGCUGCAGCGCCGGCUGGGCCGUUACGAGCACGUGACGGCCCUGCGGCCGCUGCAGCUGGUCAGCCGCCUGCGGGUGGACGUCACCGUGGUGGACCACUUGCCCAUCACCGCCCUGGAGGUGCUUCCUCUCCGCCGAAGCGGCGGGACCGGCCCGGCCAGGGCGCCAGCCAAGACGGAUCCUCCCGUCACCACGACGGUCCGAAGGGAAAAGAACGCCUGCAAGGUCACCUUCGGCCCCAACAUCAUUCAGCAGGCCAAGAUCACCACCGACGGCAUCCUGGGGGAUUUUGUCGUCCGCUACGACGUCCAGAGGGACACGGCGGUCGGAGACGUGCGGGUUCAAAAGGGCCACUUUGUCCACUACUUUGCGCCCAAAGACUUGCCGGCCGUGCCCAAGAACGUGGUGUUUGUCAUCGACACCAGCGCUUCCAUGUUGGGUGCCAAGAUCAAACAGACCAAAGACGCCUUGCUGGCCAUCCUGCGCGACCUGCGAGCCGUCGAUCGCUUCAAUUUGAUCAGCUUCUCCAACAAGAUCAAAGUGUGGCGAGCCAGCGGCCCGGUGCCCGUCACGCCGCUCAACAUCCGAGACGCCAAGAAGUUCAUCUACGCGCUGAUGCCGAGCGGAGGCAGCAACACGGACGGCGCCAUCCAGAGCGCCUCGGCUCUUUUCCGCCAGCGCCUCGACGGCGUCUCGCUCGUCAUCUUCCUGACGGACGGACGGCCCACGGUGGGCGAGUCGCAGUCGGCGGCCAUCCUGGGAAAGACCCGCUCGGCCGCGCUAGACAAGUUCUGCGUCUUCACCGUCGGCAUCGGCGCCGACGCCGACUACAAGCUGCUGGAGCGCAUGGCCCUGGAGAACUGCGGCGCCACGAAGCACAUCCGCCACGGAGACGACGCCAGCGCCAUGCUCAGAAGCUUCUACGAGGAGAUGGCCACUCCGCUGCUGUCCCACGUCAGGAUGGACUACGUGUCCGCAGACGGCGUCACCCGCCACUUCUACGCCAACUACUUCAACGGCUCCGAGUUGGUCGUCGCCGGCAAGUCGGGCGCCGCCGAGGCUCUCCGCGUUCGGGUCACGGCCGACAACGACGACAAGAAGCUCGUCCUGGAGACGGACGCGGCGCUGCGGCGGCGGGAGUCGGAGGCCGACGAGCUGGUGAAGGCGGCGGCCCGGAGCUUUCCCGAAUCGGGGGAAGCUUUGAAGCGGCUGGCGGCGGACUUGGCGGAGCGCGUGUGGGCGUUCCUGACGCUCAAGGAGGAGCUUCGUUUGCGUCUGCUCGGCCGAACCAGCCGGGAGAGGGAAGAACACGUCCGGCGGGCCACCGACCUCUCCCUGGCGUACCGCUUCCUCACCCCUCUCACCAACAUGCUGGUGGACGAGGUCUCGUCGGACGGCGACGAGGUGCCAGACGACGACGACGACGAAGGAACGUUACGCGAAGAAGUCGACAGACAGAGUUUAACUCUGAGAGAUCAAGUUGACAGGAGACCCGCCAAGAAGUCCCUCACCAUCUCCAAAACAUCAGCCGAUGGCGAUCCUCACUUUGUGGUGGACUUCCCUCUCAGCAAGACGGCCGUCUGCUUCAACAUCAACGGCGAGCCCGGCCACGUCCUCCGCCUGCUUUCCGAUCACAAAUUCUCCGGCGUGACGGUGAACGGCAAACUCAUCGGCACGCCGCCGCCGGCGGGCAGCCGUAAGCGUCGGCGCACCUAUUUUAGCAGCAUCGCGGUGGUGGUGGACCGCCCCCGCCGCGCCUACGUGGAGGUGACGCCCACCAAGGUCAUCCUGGACGGCGCCGACCGCCUGGUGCUGCCGUGCCACUCCAGCGCCUCGGUGGAGAGCGGCGCGCUGUCGCUGGCCAUCGUCGGCGGCCGCAACGUGACGCUGAGGAUCGGCGCCCGCGUGGCCUUGGUGGUCCUGCUGCACCUCUACAAGAACCCGGCGCCCUACCAGAGAGACCACCUGGGCUUCUACAUCCAAGACAGCGAGGGGCUCUCGCCCGGCUGCCACGGCCUGCUGGGCCAGUUUCUGCACCAGGAGGUGAGCGUCGUGGAAGGAGAGGCCGGGGACCGUCCCUCCUCGGCGCUCCUGAAGGUGAGGGGCCGCUCGGUGCCGGUGGUCCGCAAGAGCCGGCGCAUCUACGGCGGCGCGCACAGCGUGGACUGCUGGUUCGCCGGCAACAACGGCGCCAAAGUGGUGGACGGGCGCUACGAGGACUACGUGGCCUCGCACAUGUUCGACACGGGCGACGGGCCGCACGGGAGCAACGCGUGAGAGAAGCCCCCGCUUGGUUCAGGUACUCUUUAGGACCCUGGUGUCUUCUCUUUUUCUACUGGACAUUUUUAUACGGUCAACUUUUUACGGUCAGUACUAGUUCUCAACAAGCCAGCCGUCUUCCUGCGUCAGUCAACUUUUAUUUUGGGCCACACAUUACAUUCUGUAAGGAGCACCUUGUGACCACUGGCAGACAUAA